AUGGCUCCAAUUCUUUCCUGGCGCCAAGCCGCUGUGGCAGCGCUGCUUUUCAAUGCAGCGGUGACGGCCAACUACGACGCUCGUCGAGAUAUCGAGUCCUCAGCUGACACUAAACGAGCCGUGGAUAUUGAUUCGUUCCGGUCGCGAAAUGUCGAUAUAAGGGACUUUGUGCAAAGACUAGGUGGUGGCAGUGUCUUAGCUGCCCGAAGUGAUGCUGCCGCAAACCCUAAAACUCCCCCACCGCCCCCGGCUGCCGGUGCAGCUCCUCCGGCACCCCCGGCCGAUGGUGCCGCACCUCCACCACCCCCGGCUGCUGGUGCCGCACCUCCACCACCCCCGGCUGCUGGUGCCGCACCUCCACCACCUCCGGCUGAUGGUGCAGCUCCCCCACCGCCCCCGGCUGCUGGUGCCGCACCUCCACCACCCCCGGCUGCUGGUGCAGCUCCCCCACCGCCCCCGGCUGCUGGUGCCGCACCUCCACCACCCCCGGCUGCUGGUGCAGCUCCCCCACCGCCCCCGGCUGCUGGUGCCGCACCUCCACCACCCCCGGCUGAUGGUGCCGCCCCUCCGGCACCUCCUGCUGCUGGUGCCGCUUCUGGGAAUGCGACUGAUGGCUCAGCUUCCAAUGCGAACACGGGUGAUGGCUCUGCUUCCAAUGGGAAUGCGGGUGAUGCGUCUGCCCAAAAUAGCGCUAGCAGUUCAGCUCAAAAUGAUGGAUCUUCUGCUAAAUCAGCUCCCUUGGCUGCUGAUGGUGCCUCAUCCAGCUCUCAGAGCUCUUCAUCAGACCCCCAAGCCUCGGGCUCUAGCUCGGAAAAUGCGGCUUCAGGUGCCAAUGCCGCCGCUCCGCCCCCGCCACCCGCCGAUUCUGCCGCUCCUCCGCCACCGCCUGCUGACGGAGCUGCACCUCCCGCCCCCCCGCCACCUGCUAAAGGUACCGCCCCCCCUCCUCCACCGGAUGUCGCGGCCGGCAAUGGUACGGCACCUGAGGCAAAGGCCAAGGCAGAUGCCAAGGGCAAGGGAGCGGCUGCUCCCCCUGCAGCAGCCGCGAAUGGCACCGCCGCGGCGGCACCACCACCACCUCCCCCGGAUGCAAAGGACGCGAAGGGUAAACUCAAGGCCAAGGACAACGCUUCCGCUGACCCCAAGAAAGCCAAGGACGCUACUGGCGGAGCUGCGGCGGCAGGGAAAGCGGCUGGCGGCAUCGCUAGUGGCGCCAGCAGUGUAGCACGAAGGGGCUCCCGCUCAACCCGGCACGUCCGCAACAUCAAGCGCCGAAACCUCAUGGCUAACUUGGGCUGGUGAUCUGACAAUGUUCUUUUCUAUUCCUCUAUGCUUUCGAAGUUUCAUGAGGCCUCAUCUGGGAUUUUCGCAUUUACAGCGACACUACACUUCGCUCAUUAACACACUUUCUUUCAUCAGUCCGUC